AUGGCCCCCGCGGCGCACGGCUGCGGCAGCGGCGCGCUCCUCGGCCGUUUCGGCGUCCUGCUGCAGGCGCUGCUGGCGCUCGGCGCCUUCAGCACCCUCAUGCUAAAACGAUUUAAGGAGCCAAAGGAAGAGAGACGUCCAUGGAGGAUAUGGUUUUAUGACACCUCCAAGCAAGCAAUAGGUGCACUCUUCAUCCACUUUGCUAAUGUUUUUCUGUCUGAUCUCACUGAAGAGGACCCUUGUUCUCUUUACCUCAUUAACUUCAUUCUUGAUGCCACACUGGGAAUGCUGCUGAUMUGGCUUGGUGUGAAUGUUGUCUCCUGGGUUGUGCAGCGUCAGAAGUACACAUACCUGGUCUUUGGAGAAUAUGGUGAUCCACCACAAGCUGCUGCCUGGAUUGGCCAAUGUAUUCUCUAUUUGCUAAUAAUGGUUUUUGAGAAAACUGUGAUAAGUCUGGUCCUGCUUAUCCCAGGUUGGACAAAGCUUCAAGAGAUUCUUCUGGAUUACAUCCCAAACCCCCAGUUGGAGCUGGUGUUGGUGAUGCUUGUUGUGCCUUUUGUAGUCAAUGCUAUAAUGUUCUGGGUUGUGGACAGCUUGAUCAUGAGGAAAUACAAGCAGAAGGAUACCCUGGACAUCAAUGGAUCCAUAGAAACCCCACGGGCUAGGAGAACAGAGGAAUCUCGGGUGUUGCUCUCACCAGAUGGGGAUUAUGAUCACUCUGAAAGCGACCAGGAUACUUCAGGACUCCAGGGAACAAGCCAGAAGAUGAGGCAGCCCAGCUAUCAGGUGGUCAUCUGACAACACCAGGACAAGUGUGGAAGGCUGUAAUCCUUGAGCUGGUCUCAAAAGGCAGGGUGGGGGAUGUUAGUUGAUCCCCUUGGGUCAGUGGAGUUCAUUUUGUCUGCCUCCUCAAGACCUCUCCCUCUGCAGUUGUCUCUGGUGGCUGUGCAUUCUGUACAGGCUCAGCAGUUGGCAAUAUUUGCUUUACUGGUCUGGCCAUAACUGGACAUGUGCAGGCACAUUUUUGGAUAGGUUGAUGGAAAUGGGCUGCUUCUGGCUGGCCAACUGGGUGUAACUUUGUCAGGGCUUAGACUGAAAUUGAAAGUUAAAUAUGCCUUUUUAUAUUAAAAAUCUAUCUUGUACUAAUUGAACUGUGACACUACUACAUGCACAAAUGGUCAAACCUGGUUGGUUAAUACAUAUUUAAAAAUUUUGACUUGGGAAGAUGACUUAGUGGGUCUGAUGCUUUUUA